AUGGAAGAUCAUUCAAAUGAUGUUCUUACAUCAGUGGUGCACCUGCCUGAUGAUUGCCUUACUAUUAUUUUCCAAUGGCUUGACUCUAGUUCUGAUCGUGAAUCAUUUGGCUUGACUUGCCACCGCUGGCAUAAUAUACAAAAUCUAAGUCGCCGUUCCUUACAAUUUCAAUCCUCAUUCACGCUCUUUAACUUUUCUUCAUCGUCUCAGACUAGCCUUCUUGAUUCCUACCAUCUUCAUAAGCUGCUUACUCGUUUUCAGCAUUUGCACUACUUGUCACUUUCUGGUUGCACUGAGCUACCUGAUUCAGGUCUAAUCCCAUUGCAAUUUUAUGGUUCAAAGUUGCUCUCCCUGCAUUUGGAUUACUGUUUUGGACUCACAGAUAAUGGACUUUCCUUGGUUGCUGCUGGUUGCCCCUCUCUAAUGGCUAUUAAUCUUUCUCGAUGCAACAUUACUGAUGUUGGGUUAGAAGCUCUAGCGAACGGUUGCACAGCUUUGAAGAAAAUAAAUCUCUCCUACUGUCCACUUGUGUCCGACUCUGGAUUGAGAGCUCUUUCCCAAGCGUGCCAUCAGCUUCAGACGGUCAAGAUAUCUUGUUGCCGCGAAAUAAAUGGCCGUGGUCUUACAGGUUGUUCGCCCAUGUUAGCUUAUGUAGAUGCUGAUUCUUGUAACCUUGAACCAAAAGGGAUAAUGGGAAUUGUUAGCGGAGGUGGGCUUGAGUAUUUAAAUGUGUCUGGUAUAAGCUGGAGCAUUCAAGAAGAUGGUUUGGCAGCGAUCGGUUCAGGUUUUGCCGCAAGGCUUAAAAUCCUCAACCUUCGGAUGUGCAGAACCGUCGGCGACGAGUCCAUCAUGGCAAUAGCAAAGGGUUGCCCAUUGCUCCGAGAAUGGAAUUUAGCAUUGUGUUAUGGAGUAAGGAUUUCAGGAUGGAAAUCUAUAGGGUUGAAUUGCAAAAAGUUGGAGAAACUUCAUGUGAAUCGGUGCAGGAAUUUGUGUGAUCAUGGGCUGCAGGCUCUGAGAGAAGGAUGCAAAAGGCUAUCAGUUUUAUAUAUCAGCAAGUGUUGUCGAUUAUCUUCUACUGCAAUUGAGUUGUUCAAAAUGUAUAGAGGUAAUGUUGAGAUCAGAGAAGAAGAGAACAUGUGUAUUGGACCUGACUGGACAUUUGGAAAAUGAUGGAAACUGAUAAGAAAAUAGCCAUGAAUACUCUGACAGAGAAAUUGUUUAACAUAGCUGAGAGGAGCCAGAGAUUUUCCUGGAAAAGAAAAUGUUACAUAUUUGAACAUGUUUGGUUACAUUGAUAAAUGCUAACUGUUGAACAGGGCUUUUUGCAAAAUUAGGGUGGGGUGAAUAUAAUUUUGCCGAUUUGGAGUCGGUUAAAACUUA